UAGAGUAGUAAAGUUGCUAUUAAAGCAGACAGACUGGUAACCCCCUACUUACUGAAUGACACAACUCUUGGCUGUUAAAAGAUACAUCACUGACAGUAUAUGGUACUAUUGCAAAACACUCGUAAAACUGUGUCUUUCACAACUGAGUCACCCAGACAAAGAUUUAAUGAAUGUAAACCAUAUAGUGAAACAUAAACUUUUAUAAUACUGCUAUUCUUCUUCAAAGUGUCUCAAGGUUUGACAAUAAAUGUGUCAUGUUGAAAAAUUAUGAUAUGGUGAAGAAAUCUGAUUGGCUACAAUUUCUUACCAGAAUCAGAACCUGUGAAGAUUUAGAACAUUAUAUAUUAUUUAUUUUUUUAAACACUUUUAAAAAUACAGCUCUCGUGUUUUUUAUUAAAUCAACUACAGAUCAUACAGUGUGAAAAAUUCUUCUUAUAGCUGUGCUUCUUUACUAGUUAUGUUAAUGUUCGGGGUCAUUGCACUACAACAUAUUGCUGACAGCAUAUUAAGACUCAAUCUUACGUCAUACCUGAAUGCACCCUGCACUCUGAAAUUAUACAGAACGUUUUUGUUUUGUUUUUUCUGUAUAGAUGUGUGUAACUGUGCACUAAUAUUAUAUUUGGGGGGAAAACUCAGUGUGUAGUGACUCCUCACACUGUUUACUUGCCUAUUUUCCGUUAUAAUAUGAUAAAAGUAUCAUCAGGUGAGAGGAAAAGUAAGAUGUCAGUGUGUUGAUGAUUGGUAGGUCAUUGAGAAUACAGUGAAAAAUGCAGCCUUUGGAAAAUGGAUAACUAAAUAUUGUUGACAUUAGCGUCUUUACACAUUCAUGUAGGCUUCAAGCAUUUUUAAGUGGAAGAGACUCAAAUUCUUUGUGGGAAACCAUUUACUUGACUGUUUUCAUAACAGCAGCGCUUUUUAGUUAUUUAUUGUAUAAUAAUUAACUAUUUUAAUUGAAUGUACAUAAACUAGCUAACCAAAUUGAAUUGUAGAUUUAUUCUUCAUGUUGGCAACAACAAUGCUGAGAACAUGACAUAAAAACACAGCUCAACAUCGCCCCUGGUGGCGUCAAAGUUGCAUCUUAUUUUAAAAGCAAAGUAUAUUGACAUAAAAGAAACCAAUCACAGUACACGUUUCCAGGGAUUUCCUAUGAAUGGCAAGAAGAUGAACCAAUCAAUAACAACCUCCUGAACAAACAGCCAAUGGGAAGUGUCAGUAGUUGUAGAUGGGCGGGCUCUAAUCUUAUCAGAAGGAGAGGGCCAAGUAGUGGUUGCAAAGCGGAAAGAAAAUGGCGGCCGUGGCUGCGGAGCCAGGAGCUGCUGCUGCGGCAUCAACAACAACAACAGCGGGGGACGGGCUGGAAUACGAGCCCGAGCCAGGAGAGCAUGUGGCCGACCUAGAGAUCCAAUCGUCGCAGGACUUCGACCCGGAAAUGGAGCUUUGUCACCAACCCACGGUUGUGGAUGCAGUUCAGAUAUGCAGCCAGGUCCAGAUGGAAAUUAGAAGGCCGGACAUUCAAGCCGCGGGAAAAGCCCUCGUUGCCCAUGCGGACGGUGAGCGCGCCGAGACGGGGGGGUCCUGGGGGUGCGUGGAUGCAACAGAGCAGCCCGUGCUGAUGGACUACAGGUAUACAGGCGUUUCUGAGUACGGGGGGCGCUUGAAAGAGCCCGCAAACGAGGUCAGCAGCCCAUGCCUUCUCCCCGACUCCCAGCCCUCCGUAGUCUUCUUGCAUUCCCUGCCCGUUCAUCCGUCGGAACCUGAGCCUGGACUGUCCCUUGCCGAGCCGGCCGAACCGACAGUCGAAUACGACUCGAAUCCCGAAUCAACACAUCCUACCGACCUAGAGUGUGAACUGAUAGGCUUCACGCAGCCGGAGCCCGAACCUGCAAAUGAUGCGCCCGGGUCCGAACCCGAAGCUCACGAGGAUGCUUUCCACGACAUCCGUCACCCGUCAGAUCAUCUGGACUCUCUGUCCAACGCGGAGGGCACCUCGCUGGGACAGAGUUGCAUUAGUGACUUUUCUGCUGUCUCCAGCAAUGACUCUCCUGAACUUCCAGCCCUUGCGGUGGAUCAAUCGCUCAUCUCAUCGUCAGAACCGGAGGAGGUGCGCUCGUCGCAUCCUCCUCAUCAGCGAACGGACCUCCGUGAACCUGAGAGGACAGAGGAGUUAGAGACGAAACCCCCGGCUCUGUGUCCUGAGCAUGACACGGUGGACCGUCUGGUGCUCGGCUCAGAGGUUCGAGUCUCACUGGAUCACAUCAUCGAUGAUGCGCUCGUGGUGUCGUUUCGCGUGGGCGAGAAGAUCUUCUCCGGGGUGCUCAUGGACCUUUCGAAAAGGUUUGGACCUUAUGGAAUUCCCAUAACGGUGUUCCCCAAGAGAGAUUACAAGGACAAACCAGAAUCUAUGCAGCUAAAGACGGAAGCAUUCCAAUCAGAGACAGAUAAGGGUGUCGCUCAAGGACCUACUGAUGCCCCAGUUAAGGACCCUGCAAAUGCUCCUGAUGCCCCUCGGAAGAACCCUGCUGAGGCUCCUGCAGUGCCCCAGCCCUGUCCCAGUCCUCAACCCCACCCAUGGACCUCAAAACCACCUCCCUUGUUUCAGGAGGGGGCCCCUUAUCCACCUCCGUUGUUCAUCAGGGACACUUACAACCAGUCGUUACCUCAGCCUCUGCCCCGCAAAAUCAAGCGGCCCAAGCGUAGGCUGUAUAGAGAGGAGCCCACUUCUAUAAUGAAUGCCAUCAAGCUUAGACCAAGACAAGUUCUGUGUGACAAAUGUAAAGGGGCUGUGGUGCAAGGGGACAAGCGUGAGACACGCAGAGGCCCCAUCUCAGACUGCCGGAGUGAUGAUGCCAAAAGAAGGCGCAAUGACAACACAAUGGCAGCCACUGGUAAACGGCCCCGUAGUGACCCGCGCUCUGAUGAGAAGAGUCGUGGUACUGAUGGGCCCAAGCGGCAGUCCUCCACUCUGGGCCAUAGUCAGGUCAAAGGUGCAGCUGCAGGAAGCAAAGUGGUGAAGGGGGUGCCCACAACAACACCCUCCUCUGUCAAUGCCCGAGUGCAGCUCAAUGCCAAAAAAGUGCUUCAGAGCAAAAAUGUUGACCAUUCCAAAGCACGAGAGGUGCUGAAGAUGGCCAAGGCUCAGAGAAGACAGAGCGAGACAGUCACAGGCAGCAGUGGGAACUCCAAGGCCAUGACCAGGGCAGCUGCUCUCCAGGAAGCCCACCAGAAGGUCCACUUCACCAGACGAUUGCAGCAGAUCAGUGGAGGAGGUCCAGGUUCCAACCCCCUGCCACCCAGGAUGCGCAUCAAGCCCCAAAGGUACCGUAAUGAAGAAAACGAUGAUUCUUCAUGUAAGCUGCCUUGCUUGGAGAAAGUACCGGGAGGGGGACGUUUAGCACUGCUUAAACCAGCUGCGCCCCGCUGUACCUCCACACGCUCCUCCUCCUCCUCCUGCUCUGCAAGCCAAGCUGCCACCGCUGUAGAGCCCCAGAGGCCAGACAGAGCACUUGAAUCCCUACCGAGCCAGGCCCAAUCUGAGUCCCAAACGCAACCCCUCCCAGCCACGGAAUACAGGGAAACCCAGGCUGAGCCAGAGGAACAGGAGGGGCAGGAGGAAAAGCGGGAGACGCGCAGGAGCAAGGCUGGCAACCUAGUGGUCUACAUGACCCUUAACUCCAGCCAGCCUGACUCCUCUAGUACCUCCAUGUGCAGCAUCGAUAGUGCAGAUGACUUAAAAUCAUCAAACUCCGAGUGUAGCUCUACCGAAACAUUUGAAUUCCCCCCUCCCGGAGAUUUGCGGUCUGCCCCUGCCCCUGCCCCUGCCCCUGGCACAUCCUCCACUUUCGCCUCUGCCUCUCCCUCUGCUCCUAAGGAUGUCAAAAAGCAUAGUAAAUCCCUCAAAGCUACCGUCUUUUCCAAAAACGUCUCAAAGUGUGUUGCCCUGGAUGGCAGGACAAUUUGUGUAGGGGACAUUGUUUGGGCCAAAAUCCUUGGCUUCCCCUGGUGGCCCGCCCGCAUCCUAGCCAUCACAGUGAGUCGCAAAGAUAAUGGGCUUUUAGUCAGGCAGGAGGCCCGAGUUUCCUGGUUUGGGUCACCCACAACUUCCUUCCUGGCAAUUACUCAACUUGCCCCAUUUCUAGAAAACUUCCAGUCUCGCUUUGACAAGAAGAGAAAGGGCCUGUAUCGUAAAGCCAUCACAGAGGCAGCCAAGGCUGCCAAGCAGCUCACUCCCGAGGUUCGAGCCUUGCUAACUCAGUUUGAGACGUGAGGUAUUGUACCUUGGUAAGGUAGGCAAAACAGACUCCCGAGUUGGCCCCGUACCCCUUCUGAAACCUCUCAAACUUUGCUGUACUCAGUCAGCUUCCAGAGUGAAACCCAGAAAGCUUCAGCCAGGCAACCAGGACUAAUUUAUUUUUGUUGAAAAGGCAAGAGAAGGGGAUUGAAUUUAUUAACUGAAAGGAAACGAUUGAAAUGUUGAGUGUCCAAUAUUCGCCCCUAUGUAACCAUCUAUUGAUCGUGGCAUAUUAGAGUAUGAUAAUUAUACUUAAAUCAGAUGAAAGAGAAUUUUAGAAAAAGUUUUAUGGGUUAAUAAAUUCCUUUUAAAAUUAGACAGUUGUGAAAAUAUCUGCUUGUACCCAUUCAAAAAUGAUUAACCUAAUGGCCGUUACAAGUCGACUGCUACUUUGAGAUACAGUGAGCACAGGAAUAUUUCUGUCCGUCUGGAUUCCUACCUUAACACAGUUAAUGCUUCCGUUAGGAUGAUAAGAGAAAGUGUUAUAGGUUCACAGUUCCACAUCAUCCUUCCUGCAUUUGUUCAGUGUUCUAAAGAAUUUGGAGCCUCUCGGUCCAGGCUCCCUAAAAUUAAUAAUCUAGAGUCUUUUUUGUUUCUUUUAACAUUGAAAGGUAGUGCAAAUGGAAAAGAUGGCUCUAUUGGGUACAGUGUGUCUCGCUCAGGUAGAAAAAGGGGACUGAAUUGGUGCUGACCUUUCUCAGACUUUCUGAGACAACUAAUCCAAGUCCAGUGAUCUGAGCAGAUGGCUGUUGAUCUGGGUGUGGCUCUUUGCCAGCCGUGGCUUUGCAGGCAGUUGAGCUGGUGUUAAAUAGGAGGUGCCUGUAAGCUGAAGUCACCUCAAGUGCCACUGUGAGGAGAGCACAGUGACUCUGUAAACACAGAGUACAACCUCAGACACGGAGAAACCUAUCAGCCUAUCUGUGCAUCAUCUAUCCCCACCCCUCGCAGCUACAGCAUUUGCUCCCCAAGCUCAUUCCUCCCUAAUCUGCUUGCCCUGUUCACAGCUUCUUGUUCUUUUCCUUCACUUGGUUUGCUCUCUCUCAGAGUCUCUCCCUCCUGCUGGUGUCAUAUGUUUAUGUCUUAGACUGUUUUUAUAUAUAUGUCUGAUUUUCACAAAAAUGUUCCUGUUGUUCAGCCAACCCAUGGGCCAUGGGCCACCCCUGACUUGUCUUUUGCAUGGAUUUUGGAGUGCAAUGUGUUUUAAAUUCAUAGUAUAAUGAGCAUUUAUUUGAUGGCACCAUAUGUUUAUCCAAUUUAGGCUUAUCACAUCAAGACACAAACUCUAAUUUUUGAUGUAGCUGCAGUUGAAUGCCAAAAUUGUAUAUUAUGAUUAUGAGUUCAAAUAAAUAACUAAAUGAAACACUCAUCGGCUGUGGUGUCCUGCUGCAAAAGUGGGGCAUUGGAGCACAAGGCAGCAGUUGUGAAUGAGUUAUGUGUGAAUAUGUUCAUCAUAAUUAUGAGUCAGAGCCUCUGGCUGGUUUAGUUGUUCAGUGAUUAUUCAGUUUCCAGUAUUCAUUGUCUCUCAGCUGAAAUGUGUUGCUAAGGAUUAUUGUGUUUUAAAUUUAUUUGUUGUGCCUGAACUUUAUUUUCUAUCAUUCACGAUUUGCAAAAUAGGGCUAAAGGUCUGGAGUACACAUUUGUAUGUAUAGUGUUCAAAAAUGUAUGUUGCCUGGAUAAUUGGAAGAAGAAUGGCCUGAAUCUUAUUUUCAAUGCUGAGAACAAAUGAUUUUAUUAGUGUGGAUGAGCAUUAUCUUUAUUUUUAUUUUAUUUUUUGUUCUUAUCUGUAAACAUGGUUAUGUCCUUGCAUUGCAUACCCAUUAGCAUCUUAAACUGUUCAGUUAUAUGUACACAUCUGAGAAGGGACAUACUGUAAGAUAGCCUGGUCUUUCCACAUAUGACUUAGCAGGUACAGAUCAAUGGCUUGAGAAAAAAACAAUGCUUGGUAGACCACAUUGACUGACGGAGGAGUAAAACGGUAUUUAUUUUGGUUGUUGGCUUUGUUUCAUUUCAGCAUCUUAUUUUUUACUUUUAUUAUUUCUAUCUGUUUGCAGGUCAGAGAAUGCUGUAAAACCAUUGAAAAAAAUACCAGUUGAAGAUAUUGUGUACAUGUUUUCUGAUGUUUUAAGAGUAUAUAAAUAAACUGUGAACUUCAACAA